AUGCACCAUAAAGCUCUUCUAAAGGCCCUGCCUAGUGACAACGUUGGCUUCAAUGUCAAGAAUGUUACUGUGAAGGAUCUGAAGCGUCGAUUUGUGGCUUCAAACUCAAAGGACGAUCCUGCUAAGGAGGCUGCUAACUUCACCUCUCAAGUCAUCAUCGUGAACCACCCUGGACAAAUUGGAAAUGGUUAUGCCCCGGUUCUUGACUGUCACACCUCCCAUAUUGCUGUCAAGUUUGCUGAACUGGUGACCAAGAUUGACAGGCGAUCUGGCAAGGAGCUUGAGAAGGAACCCAAGUUCUUGAAAAAUGGUGAUGCGGGUUUUGUGAAGAUGAUCCCCUCCAAGCCCAUGGUGGUCGAGACCUUCUCUGAAUACCCACCUCUUGGACGUUUUGCUGUUAGGGACAUGAGGCAGACUGUGGCUGUUGGUGUUAUCAAGAGUGUCGAGAAGAAGGAUCCUACUGGAGCCAAGGUCACCAAGGCUGCAGCAAAGAAGGGUGCCAAGUGAACCAUGCGGGUUUGGAUUACUGUAUAUGGAGUUUACUAUCAUAAAAAUAAAAAGGGUAAAAAAAACUCAGUAUUUGUUAGGCCUGCUAUCGUAGGUCGGUUGUUUGGUUUUGUAUGUUAUAGUUUUCUGCCUUGUUUGUUGGGUAGCCAUUACCAGAACUGGGUGCUUGACAGGCGGUGGCAGAUCCUAUAGCAUGAGUGUCUCAGUUACUUUUGGUUUGAGAAUCUCUGUUAUUGUUUUUAUUCUUGUGUUUAUAGGGUUUUGGUUUGAGAUGCUUCAUGUUCUCUCAAGCAUCUCAAAGAGUUUUGUGCCUGUGUCUUUGCGGAUCAUAUAAAUUAAUUUUCUGGUUUUUGUAAUU